ACUACGCUCGUGAAUACUGUAGCUAUUUAUUACAUUUGAUUGAUUUCAACAACUGAUUAACUGUUUUCUCCUGGCUGUGUAUUUCAGCAGACGAGUUACAGUGGUUAAGCUAUAAGAUCGUGGCGUAUUAUUGUCAUAUAUUUAUCAGCCACGUCAAUAUCCUCAGACCCCGUAAGUGAAACUAACUUCUCGGGCUAGCUUUAGCCAAGUUAGCUCGGCUGACUUGUCCAUGGCACCUCUCCGGGUCUUGUGUAUCCAUGGAUACCGUCAGAACGCCACCUCGUUCCGUGAGAAGACUGGGGCUCUGCGGAAGCUGCUGAAAAAACACGUAGAGCUGGUUUACGUGAGUGCACCCCUCAGUGUGCAGCAAGCUAACACGGAAGAAGUUGCAGAUAAACAGAAUGAUUCAGCUCCUGAGUCUGGAGGUGAUGAGGACCCCAGGGGUUGGUGGUUUUCUGACAUCAAGGCUCGGAGUUUCAACGCUCAGCAGCAGUGUGAAGAAAGCCUGGGGCUUGACGAGAGCGUGACAGCUGUGAGAGAAGCUGUGAAGGACCAGGGUCCAUUUGAUGGCAUCCUGGGCUUCAGCCAGGGGGCUGCUUUCGUCGCCAUGCUGUGCUCAAUUCAGGAGCAAAAACUGGAGCCGACGUUCGACUUUCGCUUUGCCAUCAUCGUCGCCGGUUUCCGCAGCGCAUGUACGCAACACCAGAAGUUUUACAACUCUCCCAUCCAGGUGCCCUCCCUGCAUGUGUUUGGACUGGAGGACAGAGUGAUCCCUGAUAAGAUGAGCAGGGAGCUCCUCCCCUCCUUCCAAGACCCUCAGGUCCUCAUUCAUCCUGGUGGUCAUUUUGUUCCUGCCGCAUCUGCUCACAGGCAGACGUACCAGGACUUCCUCAAGAGGUUCCAGUGAGAUUCACAGCCACAGGAAGUCUAUGUGAAGAUUAACAGAAGUCGACUCAAACUCUAAAAUGUGGCUGGUUGAUUUUUUUUUUAAUGUUCAGAAACAUCUUGUGAGAAAAUAAUUGAUUCCAGAUGCACACUGUUUAUUUAAACUACUCUGCUCUGUGUUUCGCUUUGUGAGCUAAGCAACAGCCUUAUUGUAACCCUCAGUGAAAAUUUAUUGCCUUAAUAAAGAUGAAAUUAUG